CAGAUUUAAUUAUGCAAAGAUUGAUUAUUCUUAAUUUUCUUCUGCUACUCUCCGGUCGUCUUCGAUCCUCUCAAUCGCGGAACCCUAGUUGUGAGGAUCGAGAAUGAGUCAGCCAUGUGUGGUUCUCGCAACAGCGAGCUACGAUCACACGAUCCGAUUCUGGGAAGCCGAGAGCGGUCGCUGUUACCGCACCAUUCAGUAUCCUGACUCGCAUGUGAAUAGGCUUGAGAUAACCCCAGAUAAGCGUCAUCUAGCUGCAGCUUGUAAUCCUCAUAUACGUCUCUUUGAUGUCAAUUCCAACAGCCCUCAACCUGUGAUGACGUAUGAUUCACACACCAACAAUGUUAUGGCAGUGGGGUUCCAGUGUGAUGGGAAAUGGAUGUAUUCUGGAUCAGAGGAUGGUACUGUUAAAAUCUGGGACUUGAGGGCUCCAGGUUGCCAAAGAGAGUAUGAGAGUGUUGCCGCUGUUAACACUGUUGUUUUACACCCAAAUCAGACUGAGCUGAUAUCUGGAGACCAAAACGGCAAUAUCCGUGUAUGGGAUCUCAGAGCGAAUUCGUGUAGCUGUGAACUGGUACCAGAAGUUGAUACACCUGUACGCUCUCUAACGGUUAUGUGGGAUGGGACUAUGGUUGUUGCUGCUAACAACCGUGGAACAUGUUAUGUUUGGCGCUUGUUGCGCGGAAAACAGACGAUGACAGAGUUUGAGCCACUUCAUAAGCUGCAAGCUCAUAACGGCCACAUCCUUAAAUGUCUACUCUCUCCCGCAAACAAAUAUCUAGCGACUGCAUCAUCUGAUAAAACUGUCAAAAUAUGGAACGUCGAUGGUUUCAAACUAGAGAAAGUCUUAACAGGACACCAAAGAUGGGUAUGGGACUGCGUCUUCUCAGUGGAUGGAGAGUUUCUUGUAACAGCAUCAUCGGACAUGACGGCUAGAUUGUGGUCUAUGCCAGCGGGAAAAGAAGUCAAGGUGUACCAAGGUCAUCACAAAGCCACCGUGUGUUGUGCCCUCCAUGAUUAAAAACAUGAAUUAAUAGUCAAACAAAACUAAAUAAAGAACAGAUAAUCAUUUCUCUCUUUUGUGUGUUUAGGAAACUCUUGUACAUUUGUAUCAGAUUCAUCUCAAGUUUUAAACUUUUAAUUGUCAGAGCAUCCGCAUCAAUGAA